AUGGGCUGGUUUGGCAAAAGCCAUAUGCCCGUCGACGGACUGACCGUCCUCUUGACGGGAGCGUCUGAAGGUACGGGUCGUAGUGCAGCGUGCCAGCUCUCCGCCAAAGGCGCAAACAUUUGCAUCGUCGCCCGGAGCCUUGAGAAACUUGAGGAUGCGCUGGUCGAGAUCAAGGCCGCAGCCAAGCAUCCCAGCUCUCAACGCUUCUUCUAUAUAUCCGCCGACGUCAGCGAGCCCAACUACGCGGCUGGAGUCGUCGCCUCGGUCGCGGCCUGGAACGGCGGACACCCGCCCGACAUCGUGUGGUGCGUAGCCGGGCUCUCGACGCCGAUGCUGUGGACCGACGAGGGCUCGCUCGAGGCCGCCCGGCGCAACAUGGACGUCAACUACUUUGGCACGGCCGAGAUGUCGCGGGCCAUCCUGCGCGAGUGGUUUUCGCCAGAACAGAAAGGCGGCCGGAACAAGCAGCCCAAGCACUUCAUCAUGACGGCGUCCGUCCUGGGGCUCUUCGGCCUGGUGGGAUAUGCACCUUACACGCCGAGCAAGUGGGCGCUCCGGGGGCUCGCGGACACAUUGGCUAUGGAGGUGAAGCUCUACCUGGACAAUCCAGUCAAGAUCCACGUCGUGUGCCCGGCCACGAUCACGACGGCCGGGUUCGAGGCCGAGAACCGCACCAAGCACGCCGUGUCGCUAGAGAUGGAGGAGCAUGAUAAGCCGCAGACGGCGCAGGAGGUGGCGCGCAAGGCGAUUCAAGGGCUGGAGGGCGGCCAGUACCUGGUGACAACGUCCUUCUUGGGGCACCUGAUGCGCUGGGGAGCUGUUGGCGGCUCGCCGAGGAAUAAUUGGGUUGUUGACACAAUCAUGGGCUGGUUCAUGCCAGUUGUGUAUUUUUUCGUGCUAAGGGGGCUGAAUGGCCAGGUCGAGGAGUGGGCGAAGAAGCACGGCAGUCCAGCUAUGUAG